AUGCUGGACCCAAAAGUCAUUGAGAUCUCAGAUGACACUAUUAACUCAAGUGUUGAGGUUAUAGAGAUUAGUAGUUCUAUUCAUGAGUCUGACACUAAUUGCACUACUGUCAAAGAAACAGCUUGUAGAGACUGGAAGGAGACAGUCAAAGGCUCAAAUGACAAUAGCGUUAUAGAUUUUAGGCGACCUUCUAAGAGGUCGAACAAUCUAUUCAUUCUUUCUUCCUCACCUGUUGCUUCUCCAAGAAUGGGUACUACUCAAAAAAGAUCAGUAAUCAACGCGUUAGAAUGCCAACUAGAUACUUGUACCUACUCCAAAAAGACUGAUAUAUUAGACUUGAAAAACUGGAUAUCAGAAUCUGACGAUUCUGGAGUUUCGAAUUGUUAUGUUUCAAACGGUGAUGGAAGUCAAUGGGAACCCUCGUCGACUACUCUUCCCAAAGUUUCCCAAACAUCUGACGCAAUAGAUGACCAGAGUUCAAGUUUUCCCAGCGAUUUUAAUCUAUUAGAUGAAAUGAAUACCCAUGCUAACGCAAAGUGUACUGCUCUGCCAAAGAAGGAGAGCAAAAAAAAAUCUAAUAACACAUUAAAAGUUGGAGAGAAUACUUUUUCUUUAAAGGUAUUAAGGACUCUAAAUAAGGUAUCGAGGAAGAAAGAAGAUCUUCUCUCUGAAAUGAUCAUUGAAGUUCCAUCGUUUGUUGAAAAAGAUUAUUUUAAGCUGGAAUAUUUACGACAGGUUUUUGCUGGAACGGAAAUUUCAUUAAUAGAUUCAAGUUUACCAUUGAUCUCUUGGCGGCGAAAAUUAAGAUCAGAAUAUGACUCUAAUGCUGACCUCUUUGUCCCUUGUGAGCCGAAAAAAGUCAAAGAAAGAGUGCUAGUACUCUAUUUCAAAGCUCAAGAGUUCACAAAUUACUUGAGGACAGGCGAAAUAAAUAAACUAUUAGACGACUGCAAAGCUGAUUUCAAACUGAGCUAUCUGCACUCAGUGCCUCAUAUUAUCUUCAUGGUAGAAGGAUAUGAUAACUUCUUGAAUAAAUUGAAAGCUCACGAGAAUCUGAAGUAUAAAUCAGCCGUUUUGGGCUCAAUGAAUUGCGAUACUCAGGUCAAGAAAAGACGAAAACAAAAUACAGAGGAUGUAAUUGAUCAGCUGGCAAAAGAAAUCGAAUAUAUGGCGAAUGAAGCUGAAGUGCAACUAGGUGUCAAUAUUUUUCCCGUCAAGAAUAGUUCAGAGGCCGUGGAAUGGCUACACUCUUUCACUUAUACAAUAUCUAAUGCAUUAUAUGAUAAAUUUAAUAGAAAUGAAUCGUUAGCAAACUUAGGAACCGUGAGAUCUGGUUCUGAUCUGAAAUCCACGUUUCUACAAACGAUGAAACAAUUCAAUCUCAUGACAGAACCAAGGGCUGAGAAACUAUUUGGUUAUUUUGGUUCUCUCUCCUCGGUUUAUUCUAAAUACAGAUUUAGCUCAACGCUAGGGACAGAUGCUCAAGGCAAAAAUAUCGUCCCACCAUCUACAGAUCUCGCUAUGCGAAAACUCUUUACGUCUCACGAUCCGAACGAGAUUAUAUACGAAUGA